AUGAGAUUGUAUUGUGGUUAUGAUGCAGAUGAUGUGAGUUGUGGUACGCCGACAUGGAUUGGCAAGGGGCUUACUUGCGUUUGCUUCAAGGCAAAGGGAAAUAAUGAGAGGGUCUGCUUGAACUUGCUUCCUGUUCAGGAAGAAAGGAUGAGAAGGUUGUAGCGCCGGAUGAAGAUUUACUUUGAUUCUACUAGGCCUGAUCACCAGGAAGCACUGAGGGCUCUAUGGUAUGCUACAUAUCCUGGUCAAGAGCUUCAUGGCUUGGUAUCUGAUCAAUGGAAAGAGAUGGGAUGGCAGGGAAGAGAUCCAUCUACUGAUUUCAGAGGUGCUGGAUUUAUUUCUUUGGAGAACCUCGUGUUCUUUGCAAAGACAUUUUCGACAUCUUUCCAGUGCCUAUUGAACAAGCAAGGAGGAAAGCCAGCGGCUUGGGAAUAUCCGUUUGCUGUUGCCGGUGUAAAUAUUACAUUUAUGAUCAUGCAAAUGCUUGACCUUGAAGCCACGAAACCAAGGUCCUUCAUCAGAGCAGUUUUUUUACAGAUGUUGUUAGAAAACGAGUGGGCUUUUGACUUGCUCUAUUGUGUCGCCUUCAUGGUUAUGGAUAAACAGUGGCUUGAGAGAAAUGCUACAUACAUGGAAUUCAAUGAUGUUUUGAAAUCGACUCGAGCUCAGUUGGAGAGGGAAUUACUAAUGGAUGACGUCUUGCGGAUUGAAGACAUGCCUUCUUACAGCCUUCUUACUUGAUGUUAUUGGCAUUUCAACAACCUAGAAAAACCGCAGACUGGUUUGUCCCUAUAACCAUCACUGACUGACCUUAAAUUGUACAGUCCCUCUCCUUCACACAGAGUAAUGGACUCCAAACCUGCAUUUCAAGUACACUGUCCAAUUAAUUUGUUCUACCAUCCAGCCACUAUAGGUGGACUGGUGUUUCCUUUUUGUCUUGGCAGUGCCACUUCGAGCUUAUGAGAAUUUUCGUGAAGGGUAAUAUAGGUUUGAGGAAUGAAAAGUGAUUGCGACUCAAAAUUAUAACCAAUUCUAACGAUGUUUACUUUCACGUUUGUGGCAACACCUUCUUCAACGGCCUAUUUUUUGGCAAU